AUGGAACGUGAUGAGACUCGGCCUUCGAGCCGCCCUAAUCAUCAUGACGACUCCCGUCCUACUACUGCCCGCCGGGUUGACGACGAUGGUGAUGAUGACACAUCACGGUUGAAUCAUUCAGGAAGCGCUACCGUUGACGAGUCGCAACAUACGCCGACCAAACCCCCUCCUGACGAACAACCUCACAACCACGAACUAGGUCGCAGUACCCCGUCCAGCUCCCGUACCAAUACUGGACCCCAAAACGAAUCUAUGCUCCCUCCACCGCGACCCCAGACCUCCGCCGUACCGGACACCAGCUUUGUGGAGGGCCCUACCUUUGACGACUCCUACCAUGGCGAUUCUUUGGCUGAGUCUGCUGUUCGCGCACAUCUCCAGGACGUUGAAUCAAGCUUCGUCUCUCGUGUAUCCCCGAUCCCCACAAUAACCCACGAGGGCACCGACGACACUUACCUCUUCGAUGGCGCGGCCGCUUCUUCGAGAUCCCCUGCCCCAGCCAGACAACCCCCUGCGAGUCCCAGCCCCAGUCCAAGGCCGAGAUUCGAUGCGACCCCUGAGGAAGACUUGGCCAUCCACGACCUCCCCGAACUGCGACCGCAAGACUCGGCCUCUGCCGACGUCUCCAAUACAACAUCUGCCCUGGAAAAUAUGUCUUCCUCGCCCGCCGCCGCCGCCGCCGCGCGAACAAUUUCCAGGGCCCUUUCCAGCGCCAGCAAUCGGACCGACAAGCAAUCGGGGGGAACCGCUCCGGCUGACGACACCGAGGAUGAACAAUCUCUAUCUCGUGCAGAAUCUGCUGCCGAAUCUGUGUCAACGACCCUCCGAAGCAAGCGCUCCGAUGGCAGCCUUCAAGGGGGCUCGGUGGAUGCCGGCAGUACACCUGGUCAUUCCCUCCGCUACGGCACGCGGCCAAAGUAUCUGCGUAGCCGGGGCGCCAGCCAGCGAUCCUCCGUCUCCUCUUUCAUCACCAACCCCGAUACCCACGAUGAACUUGAGAGCGAAGGCACUGCGAAUCUUGGCGCCGAUUUCGCCCUACAAUCUGGAGGUGCAGCCGGGACCCUGAGCUUACCCCGCAGUCUAAGCAGCAUUCUGUCGCGCUCCGUGAGCAUCGGCAGCAUGGCCUCGGGCUUGGACGAGCCCGAAUCGCUACCUAGUCAACUCGAGACACUUGAAGAGGACGACAACCGGUUCUCGCCGCGCCGAUCAGCCCGAAACGAAGAUCUCCUAGCUACCCCGAAACCUUCCAAGGAGAAUCUAACUGCGCCCACCGAUACUGUCAUCGCCCGGCAUGUUAGGAAUGUGCAGGUCCCUGAGUCGUUGGCCAUGGAGUACAGGACCAAGAGCGGCUUUGUGACGCCCCGCAAGCCCUCAGACAUGCCGCUUGGCGCCUCCACGAGGUCGGGCAAGAAUCUGACACUCAAGGAGCAGAGCAGCACCAUUGAGCGUCUGUCCAAAGAGAACUUUGACCUCAAGCUGAAGGUCAUGUUCCUCAGCGAUCGCCUUGACAAGCUAUCCGAAGAGGGUGUUAAGGAGAUGAUCUCGGAAAACGUGGAACUCAAGACGAGCCUUGCCGUCAUCCAGCGUGAUAACAAGGCCUUGCGAAGGCGGGUCAAGGAGUUGGAGAAGCAGUUGAAAGACGAUCAGGAUCGCCCCGGAACAGCAAAGAGUGGCGGAUCGUCAAACGACAGCUCCUCCAACUUGGAUGCUCAGGAACGCGAGGAGGAGUUGACAUACUUGCGUGAGCGCGUCGAAGAAUACAUCACUGAGAUUGAGAGGCUUCGGAACGAUAAUAUGUCAAAGGAGGCAGAAAAGCGCAAGCUCAGCGAGGUGGUCAGGUCACUAGGCGAGAGGACGAGCGGCAAUCUUGGCAGCCAGGAAGAGGCCGAUGUAUGGAAGGACCUUCUCGAGCAGGAGACGGCUCGCCGCGAGCAGUCUGACGAGGAUAACCGUAAGCUGCGUGACGAGAUCUUCCGCAUGAAACAGGAAGCCAGUGGCGGCCACGGUGGCAUGCACCACACCACCAACAUCUACAACAUCACCAAGAAGCACAGACAAGUCUCUCCAAGUCGCCCUGUGUCCGGUCUAUCCGGUGAUCUUGAAACGAAUGGUGGGUUUAGUGCGGCAAGUACGUUGGUGGAUGAACUCAGGAGAGAAAGUGAGCAACUACGACACGAAAACGCCGAGUUGAGGCGCGAGGUUGGAGCGCAGACAUCCAUGCUCACGUCGAGGAACCGUGAAAAGGAGCGGUUAUACCAGGAGAUUGAGGAUCUGAAAAUGGCGCAGCGGCGAGGAGGACCGGCACCAUCCACGGUGGACUCCCUCCUUGAGCGUUCGGCAUCUCGCGCCGGCGCCCACCACCGGUCGAUGUCAAGGGUCAGCGCCAGUAGGACACAAAUGACAGAGAUUGAUGAGCUGGAGCGUGAGGAAUUGGAGAACAAACUCGCCGAAACGCGCGACAAGAUUAGCGAGAUCAAGUUACAGAACCAAGAGCUCCAACGGGAGCUCGAAGGAUGCAUGGCAGACUUUGAGACAGCAGUCGAAGGCAAGAGCCAAGCUGAGGAAAUCGCCGUCACACUCCAGGAAGAUCUCGACAAUGCCAUGAACGAUCUCGUGGCUUUGCAGGCCGAGAGGGACGAAGCACUCAGGGAGCAGGCGGAUAUGGAGACGGAAUUUGAAUCGCUGCGGAAAGAAGCCCAGGAGGAAAUCGAUGCAUUGGAGGGCGAGGCCGACCAGCGAAACGACGAGAUACAAAGGCUGCAGUUUGAGCUCAAUGACCGCACAGAAAACUUCGAUGCCUUGCAGGAGGAAAUGCGCAAGAUGAGCGAAGCGCUACUGGGAUUGGAGGACGAACAAGCAGCCAAGAUUGGCAGAAUCAAGCAACUAGAGCAAGAACUCGCAGAAGCCAACAAGGAGUCAGAGGAGCUCGAAUCUAAGCUGCUCGAGUCCAACGACAAGGCGCAGCGGCUCAGCGUACAACAAGAAUCCAGCCAGGGCGAGAUUGCCUUCUUGCGCGAGGAGCAGGAAGGCGACAAGAUCCGCAUCGGCGACCUCGAGGCAGCUCUCGCUAAUACCGAGCAGAGUUUGCGCGACGAACGCGACAGGAUCAAGGAGCUGGAGCAGCGUCUUGUUACCGAGCGCCGCCAACACGAGAUGGUCUCCAAUCAGGAGAAGGAAGAGGUAACGCAGUUUGUCAACGAGCUCAACCGUGAGAUGUCGGCUGCCAAAGACGAAGCCCGGAGGUUGCGUAAGAGUCUCACCUCACGCGAAGUUGAGGCAACCGAAUGGAAAGAGCGGCUCAUGGAGUUGGAGAAUAAUCUUAGAGAGGCACUGGGUGAUCUUAACGGGACACGAUCCAGCCUUCUCAAGUCGAUUGCAAAGCUUCAGCGCGAGUUGGAGAACACCGUUCGCGAGCUGGACACCACCAAAGCCUCGCUCGUUGAGAAGGAUCGUAUUAUUAAGCAGCGCGACGCCUUGCUUGAGUCUCACGGCUUGGAGUCUCGCAAACUUGGGGGAGAGCUCGAAAAAGAGAGGCAGGCGCAUCGGACGACGAAGAACCAGUUCGAGACGUUUCAGAAGACACACUUGCACGUGUCGAGAACUGUCAGCACACAGGACCUACGCAUCUCGGAGCUUGAAUCUUCGCGGACCCAAGACAAGAAGAAGAUUUCGCAUCUCGAGGCGACGUUCCGAGACCAGCUCACUGAGCGCAACAACUUGCUGCUUGUACUGUGGACCCGACUCUCGGCCCUUUGUGGCACUGACUGGGCGCACGAUAAUAGUCUCAUCAAUGGGCGCGCGCUGCCUUCCCUGGAGGCUGUGGCUACUAUGCUGCCCGGCUUCAGCAAAAACUUGCUGGGCGCUAUCAAAAUGAUCGAGACCAUGGUGGGUGGGUUCUCGUCCCGCGUUAAAGGCGUGGAACGAGACUUGUGGCGCGAGUAUCAGAGCCUCGAGAACAACCUCGAGAUCCGAACUAAGAAACUCGAGCGGCUGGAGACGAUUGUACGCAACAGCAUAGCAUCGGGAUCCCUCGGAUCCUAUGAGCAGGCUAGAAUGGAGCGCCUCGAGGACGCCUAUCGCCAACUCAAGGUCGAGAAUGCGACACUGCGAACCGCUCAGGACGUCAGGAGUCGGGCUGCCUAUUCAGCAACCAAUGAUCCCAGCGCGGUUAUCACUGAGCCCGGCAGUGGAAGUCCGUCGCCGUCCAUUCCCACGGGUCCUCGAGAGCGAGAGAGGAAGCCUCGCAAGGGCGAGAGAACAUCGACGAUGACGCGCAGCGUUUCCAGCCAUACGGUGACGACGCCUGGGUCAACUAAUCACAACCCAUUUGAAGCCACGUUGGCGGAGAGAGACCCAGCAGACAAUCGCUGGAUCUUCAAGCUUCGCGACCUCGAGAAUAAGCUAAAGGCUGAGCGCGAAGGCCGCUCGCAGGAUCGUAAUGCGGCAAGACAGCGGCUGGGUGGACUCGAGACGGAAAACCGUGAUUUAAGGACGGAGGUGAACCGCAUACGCAGAGCCAACGGACAGUUGGGGGACAGCUGA